AUGUCUUCUACCAAACAUCCACCAUUACCCUCAGUCACCAAUCAGAAAAGAAAGAGAAAGCGUCAAAGGUUAUUUGCGAAGGAUAUAGAAAAUUUGUUAUAUGCGAUGGGUGAUCGACCUGUGAGUACAGAGGCCACUGUCAAUGCGUUGGAGGAUGUAUUGGUCGAAUACAUUUCACAAAUAUCAUACUCGAUGGUAAAUUUUGCAAAGAGUCAAAAUCGAACACGAGUCAAGUUGAAUGAUUUGGCAUUUACAUUAAGAAAUGAUCCGAUGAAAUUAGCUCGUUUCCGAUACAUUCUAGAGCAGAGUUAUAAAAUAGAAAAGGCGAAAAAAAUGUUUGAUGACGAUAAAUAUGAUAACAAGAACCAUGAAGAUGACGACGACGACGAUGAAGAAGACGAAGAUGAUCAUGAAAAUGAACGAAACAUGAAGGAUAAAUCAACUACUAAAAAUGAUUCAAAACAACUGAAAAAGAAAAAGAAGAAAAACCAUACUUGA